AUGAAGCCCCGCGCUUUCCCUCAGGGCUUGUUGCGCCAGUUUAAUGAGUCGCCCACUGUUGGGAGGCUCGUGAUCCGACCCUCCAGACGCCAUGCGUCUACCUCGCCGGCGUCUUCUACUUCCUCUCCGUCGUCUACUCCGCCGCCGAAGCAGCAACGAUGGCUGCGGUUCGCCUUUUUAACUGCCGCUGCGGCGGGUAUUGGUGCCCUGGUCCGGUCGCAACAGGGUCCAGAUUCGACAACCCUAAAUCAGAUGAAGUUCACACCAUACUAUUUAGUAUCCCGCGAACCGGUCUCGUCGACCGGGAGCUACUUCGUUCUUCAACCGCCCGCAGCCGAUGGUAGCAAUCAUGCCGUCUACGAGGAAGCAUGGAAGACUGGUGUCUGGAGUGUGAUGUUUAAACAGCCACAAUUGCAGAUUGGGAGAGACUACACACCACUGCCAGCCACUUGCUCGGAAGAUGAAGAAGACGAGUGUCUGCGCUUCUUCAUUCGGAAGGACCCGUUCGGCGAGGUCUCCCGCUAUUUGCACAGUCUAGAGAUCGGAGCACCCAUUGAAGUACGUGGCCCGCGAAUCGAAUGUGAAAUCCCUCCGGAUACGCAGCAGAUCUUGUUCAUCGCCGGAGGCACGGGAAUUGCCCCUGCCCUGCAAGCUGGACACACGCUUCUUCGUCGCACCAACGAAACACAUAAGCCUAGAAUACAUAUCCUCUGGGCCAACAGAAGGCGGGAGGACUGCGUUGGUGGCGUGAGUGACACAAAUACAACUACAACAGCACCCUCGAGGUCGUGGUUCUCUGGACUCUUCACGUCUUCGAAGGACAACCAAGGCGGCCCUGUUGAAGCACCCCGCAGUACGGGCACUUCACUGAUAGUCCGUGAGUUGGAGGCUCUUCGGUCACAAUACCCUGGACAGGUGACCGUGGAUUACUUCGUCGAUGAGGAAGGCACCAGCAUCGGGAAGCAGCUUAUCCUGGACUCCACCCGCAGUGGCCCGUCGUCUACCCAGGAAUCGGAAGAAACCAAGAACACAAAUAACCUAAUUCUGGUCUCCGGACCGGAGGGCUUCAUUAGCUAUAUGGCAGGACCAAAGCUCUGGGCUCAAGGAAUGGAAUUGCAAGGGCCACUCCGGGGAAUCCUCAAAGAAUUGGAUCUAAAGGAUUGGGCCGUGUGGAAAUUGUAA